AUGGGGUGGCGACUAGGAGUGGAGGCAAUCCUCCUUUCAUUCACUUGGAGUGCUUCUCAUGAUCCAACCCCUGCCUCAGAGAAGAUGUUUUCCAUGAGGAUCAUCUGCCUGGUCCUGAGUGUGGUCGGCACAGUAUGGACUACUGAUACAGGUGAAGGUGAAUUUUUAGCAGAAGGAGCAGGUGCGCGUGGCCCAAGAAUUGUGGAAAGACAGCAGUCUGCCUGCAAAGAGGCAGACUGGCCCUCCUGUUCUGAUGAAGACUGGAACCACAGAUGCCCUUCUGGCUGCAGGAUGAAAGGGUUGAUUGAUGAAGUCAAUCAAGAUUUUACAAACAGAAUCAAUAAGCUCAAAAAUUCACUAUUUGAUUUUCAAAAGAACAAUAAGGAUUCUAAUUCAUUGACCAGGAAUAUAAUGGAACUUUUGAGAGGGGACUUUGCCAGAGCCAAUAACAACGAUAAUACAUAUAACCAAGUGUCCGAAGAUUUGAGAAGCAGAAUUGAGAUCCUGAGACGCAAAGUCAUAGAGAAAGUACAGCACAUCCAGCUUCUGCAGAACAAUGUCAGGGCCCAGCUGAUAGAAAUGAAACGCCUGGAGGUGGAUAUCGAUAUUAAGAUUCGAUCUUGCCAAGGAUCAUGCAGUAGGACUGUAUCACAUGAGGUAGAUCUGAGGGACUAUGAAGAUCAGCAGAAGCAACUUGAACAGAUCAUAUCACAAAACUUACUUCCCUCGGCAGAUAGGCAAAACUUACCACUGAUAAAAAUGAGUCCAGUCCCAGACUUGGUUCCUGGACAUUUCAAGAGCCAGCUUCAAAAGGCCCCUCCAGAGUGGAAGGCAUUAACAGAAAUGCAACAGAUGAGGAUGGAGUUAGUGGGACAUGGAAGAGAAGGGAGUACCCGAGGAGACUCUGCAUCUUAUGGAACAGGGUCAGCGACAGAAAACCCCAGGAACCCUGGGCCUGCUGGUACUGGACCAUGGAAUCCUGGGAGUUCUAGGCCUGUAAGUGGUGGAAAUUGGAACCCUGGGACUGCUGGAUCUGAUAGUACUGGACACUGGAAUCCUGGGAGCUCUGGACCCGGUCAUAGUGGAAAUUGGAGUCCUGGUGGCUCUGGACCUGGAAGUACUGGCAUUAGGAAUCCAGGAAGCUCUGGACCUGGAAGUUUUAGGCCAGAUAGUGCAGGUUAUGGGAACACCAAGCCUUUCAAUCCAGACUGGGGUGAAUUUGAAGAGGUGACAGGAAGCAUAAAUCCAGGGACAAAGAAAGAAUUCAGCACAGGUAAACUGGUCACUUCUAAAGGAGAUAAAGAGCUUCUGAUUGGGAACGAGAAAGUCACCUCUGCUGGUACAUCCACCUCACGUCAUUCAUGCUCAAAAACUAUCACUAAGACUGUGAUAGGGGCUGAUGGUCGCAGAGAAGUGACCAAAGAAGUGGUGAACUCUGAAGACGCUGCUGACUGCGGUGACGCCAUUGACUUAGAUUCGCUGCAUAGUUUUAGUGCCAAAGGCAGCCUGGAUGAAUUCGCCAAGAGGCACCCUGCCGAAGCUUCUUUCUUUGACACUUCCUCCAUUGGAAAAACAUUCCCAAGUUUACUCUCACCUUCCUUCAAAGAGUUUGGCGGUAAGACCCAGCUGGGCUCAGAAUCUGACAUCUUCACAGACGCAGGGGAACCAAGCUCUUCUCACACAGGUGCAUCUGAUUUCUCCAGAGGGAAAACUUCAAGUCACAGAAAACUUGUAACCAGUAGUAGUACAACUUACAGUAGAGGAGGUUCUACCACGGAAACCAAGAACUAUAAAAUGGCAGAUGAGGCUGGAGGUGAAGCCGGCCAUGAAGAACUCCGAGAAGCACAUACCAUCAAGAGAGGUCAUGCCAAAUAUCGCGCUUCCAGAGACUGUGAUGAUGUCCUCCAAACACAUCCUUCAGGUGCCCAAAGUGGCAUUUUCAAAAUCAAGCUACCGGGAUCCAGUAAGAUUUUUUCUGUUUAUUGCGAUCAAGAGACCAGUUUGGGAGGAUGGCUUUUGAUCCAGCAAAGAAUGGAUGGAUCACUGAAUUUUAACCGGACCUGGCAAGACUACAAGAGAGGUUUCGGCAGCCUGAAUGACAAGGGGGAAGGAGAAUUCUGGCUAGGCAAUGACUACCUCCACUUACUCACACAGAGGGGCUCUAUCCUCAGGGUGGAAUUAGAAGACUGGGAUGGGAAAGGGGCUUAUGCAGAGUAUCACUUCCGGGUGGGUUCUGAGGAAGAAGGCUAUGCCCUGCAGGUCUCCUCCUAUACGGGCACUGCUGGUGAUGCUCUGGUUGAGGGCUCUGUAGAGGAAGGCUCAGAGUACACUUCUCACAAUGGCAUGCAGUUCAGUACCUUUGACAGGGAUGCAGACCAGUGGGAAGAGAACUGCGCAGAAGUCUACGGAGGGGGCUGGUGGUACAACAACUGCCAGGCAGCCAACCUCAAUGGCAUCUACUACGCCGGGGGCUCCUAUGACCCAAGGAACAACAGCCCUUAUGAGAUUGAGAAUGGAGUGGUCUGGGUCCCCUUUAGAGGAGCAGAUUAUUCCCUCAGGGUAGUUCGCAUGAAAAUCAAGCCCCUGGUGACCCAGUAGGUCAAAGCUGUGGGAGUGAGGACACUCUGUUUUCUUAGUUUAUUUAGCAUAAUGGAGAGAAAAUAAGGAAGAUAAAGGAGUCAAGAUUCUUUACAACCUAUUAAAAAUUCCCAGGUGCUAUUUCAUUGUUCUAUGUACUGUAGCUAAAUGUAACUGAGACAUAUUAGUGCUUUGAAAAAUAAAAUUAUACAAACUUUUUUUAACCUUUAAA